UCCCACGUGCCGUGGCGUCCGCCGCCAUCCUUCUGCCGGGCGGCGCUUCCGCCGGCGUGCGGGUCGGAAUCCGCAGUGGUCUGCGGGUGAUGGAGCGUCGGGCGGGCUCUCGCCUUAGGGCAUGGAUGCUGUUACUGCUCCUGUGCCCGGUGCAGGGCCGCCAGAAGGACUCAGAUACCCGAUGGCGCAGGUAGAGGAGCUGACUUGACUCAAGCCCCGACAAGUUACACAAAGAAUCCUUGGCAUUUCCACUACUGGGAAAGGAAGGGGAUUUCUCCAAGUGUUGGUCUUAUGUUGCUUCUGUCUGCUGCUUGGCAAAUACGAAUGCCAAGGGUAUUCUGUUAACUCUCAUUUCCUUCACUUUUUGAAGGCUCAAAAUGGAAAGUAUUUCUUGACCAAAUUAACAGGGCUAUGGAGAAUUAUGAGCCAUGUUCAAGUCAAAACUGCAGCUGCUAUCACGGCGUCAUAGAAGAGGACCUGACUCCUUUCCGAGGUGGGAUCUCCAGGAAGAUGAUGGCUGAGGUGGUCAGACGGAAGCUAGGGACCCACUACCAGAUCAUUAAGAACCGGUUGUUCAGGGAAGAUGACUGCAUGUUUCCCUCCAGGUGUAGUGGCGUGGAGCACUUUAUCUUGGAAGUCAUCCGUCGCCUCCCUGACAUGGAAAUGGUAAUCAAUGUCCGAGAUUAUCCUCAGGUUCCUAAAUGGAUGGAGCCUACCAUCCCCGUCUUCUCCUUCAGUAAGACAUCCGAGUACCAUGAUAUCAUGUAUCCUGCGUGGACAUUUUGGGAAGGGGGCCCUGCUGUGUGGCCACUUUAUCCUACAGGUCUUGGACGGUGGGACCUCUUCAGAGAAGAUCUGUUAAGGUCAGCAGCACAGUGGCCGUGGGAAAAGAAAAAUUCUACAGCAUAUUUCCGAGGAUCAAGGACAAGCCCAGAAAGAGAUCCUCUCAUUCUCCUAUCUCGGAAAAAUCCAAAGCUCGUCGAUGCAGAGUACACCAAAAACCAGGCCUGGAAGUCUAUGAAAGAUACUUUGGGAAAGCCAGCCGCUAAGGAUGUACACCUUAUAGAUCACUGCAAAUACAAAUACCUAUUUAAUUUUCGAGGUGUAGCUGCAAGCUUCCGGUUCAAACACCUCUUCUUGUGUGGUUCACUGGUCUUCCAUGUUGGUGAUGAGUGGGUGGAGUUCUUCUACCCACAACUAAAGCCGUGGGUUCACUACGUCCCAGUCAAGACUGACCUGUCCAAUGUCCAGGAGCUGUUGCAGUUUGUAAAAGCGAACGAUGAUAUCGCUCAGGAAAUUGCUAAAAGGGGAAGCCAGUUCAUUAUAAACCAUUUGCAGAUGGAUGACAUCACCUGUUACUGGGAGAACCUCUUGACUGAAUAUUCCAAAUUCCUGUCCUAUAAUGUAACAAGAAGAAAAGAUUAUUAUCAGAUCAUUCCCAGACAUUUGAAAACUGAACUGUAGUAUCCAUCACAGGACCAGAAUCCUGACAGUGGAUCUGAGAUGCUCUGUGGUGAAAUACCAUGAUCGUGACGCCUAUACCUUGAACACUUUUGGCCAAGCCAAACAUCCAGUUUUCCUUAUCAUGUUGAAGCCAGAGGGACUCUUGAGAAAGAUCUAGUAUGUGUGUAAUGAGCAGAAAUGAAACAGCUCAGCUCUUUGCUGAGGAUUUGGAACUGCAUUCUAACCUUCGUUUUCUUAUGAUCCGUCACAGCUUCUGCCUCGGGUCAGUGUUAUCACUGUGAAACCGACUGUGUCCAUGUGAAGAUGCUGUUUGUCCUAUUAUUUGAAGCAGACCAUCCAUUGUUUGGAACUAGUACAAUACACAAGCCACUCUGAAGUUAUUUUAAUUUUAAUUUCUGUUGCUUUCUUUUUAUGUAGAAAUCCUUUGGAGUUUGUGAAAAAUACCACAGCAAUCGCGUCCUCUGGAGUCUAAGGAGGCAGUGGUUGUGAUUUAUUUUGUAAAUGUAUAAAUUCUCUGUCACUCAGGAGGUUUCCAUAAUGCCUCAGUUGCGUAACUUCUGCAGUUGGAUUUCAGAUUCCCAUUUUGUGCCUUCAUGCCUUUUUUAUUCUCUCUGAAGGAGAUAAAGAGAAAUUUCCCAGUACAUUCAGGAAGCAGUCUCAUUAAAGAACUAUGCCCCUGUAAUAUUAGCACUUCUGAAGCGAGAGGCAGGAAGAUGAAUUCGUGGCCACCCUCAGCUACACAGGAGUUCAAGGAGAGCCUGGCUACAUGAGGUCCUGUCUCACCUUUUACACAUCUUUUAUUUUGCCAUCUUAAAUUCGUAGCGGCAGGAUCACCUCAGUUUGCAGAGACUACAAUCUUCAUAUGUGAACACAUCAUGAAGUGGCAAUUUAUAGAGCAUUCAGCUUUCGCUUUUACUCCUGUAUGAGGUUGUUACUGGAGUACUUCCUUACACUCCAGCAUCACCUCUGAACCUCCUCCUCGGCAGUUGGCAGCUCACGCCUGUGUCAUGUGCCAUUGUGCUGCUUUGUAGUUAUGUGGCUGUUUCCCCCUUGCUUUGUAAGCUUACUGAUGGUCGAGGAUGAUGUUCCACUGCUCUUGACGUCUCCAUUAUCAGCACAGUGCCUCACGCAGAAUAGUUACUGAACAACUACUGGGAUGAGUGAGUGGGAAUGGAUGGACACACUCGCCUGGCCUAACUAAAUUCUAUUUUUAAAUUGCCUGGUUACUUGCUCCAGUGGGGAUGAGAUGCACUGUACGAAAUGGGUCAGAGCAGAUCCUUCCUUGCCCUGGAGUAGUAAGGAGUGCCUGUUUUUAAAAACAACAAAAGUUACUUGGAUCUUACUCUUGCCUCUGUACCUCACUGUAGAUGGUAUGCGAAGGAUGUGUAACUGUAAAGUCUAUGAUUUCAAAAAUGGUUUGUAUGGUCACACUUUUGAAGAUUUUGUUAUCAUUAAUACUAGUUUGGUCCCAAAUGUAACCAUUUGCUCCUCAAACAUUUAUUUACUAUAGAAAAGGUUACUAUUGUUUUCAAUAUAACCAAAUACAAUAUGUUUUAUAAGA